AUGACUCUCGCUACGUGCACUCGCCGCGGCUGCGGCAAGUCCUUCGACCCUGAACAGAACGGCGACGCCGAUUGCUCGUUCCACCCAGGCGCGCCAGUCUUCCACGAGGGUUUGAAGAGCUGGAGCUGUUGCUCGGAUGUCAACAAGCCGGUGACCGACUUUGACGACUUUAUGAAACUCCCGACUUGCGCGACCGGCUCGCACUCGCUCGAACCCGCCGAGCCUCUCAAGCCAGUUGCAGAAGCUUCCAAGGCGCCUUCCACGACCGACGCAGACGGGAAGGAGGUCUACGGCGCGGCUGUCCCGCAGGACUCGAGAUCGGAGGACUCCUCGCUUCCUCCUCUCCCGCCUGGUCCGAAGAUUGCGCACAAGGAGGGCCCGCAGAAGCCGCAGUCGACGCCGUACGUCGAGGAGCAGGACGACCCCGAGGUCGAGGUCAAGAAGGGGAUGCGGUGCAAGCGGAGAGCGUGCGGGAAGGAGUACGAGGGUGAGGACCGGCAGGAAGGCGAGUGCAAGUACCACGCUGGUGUGCCUAUCUUCCACGAAGGCAGCAAGGGCUACUCUUGCUGCAAGCGUCGCGUGCUCGAGUUUGACGAGUUCCUGCGGAUUGAGGGAUGCCGGACGGGACGUCACCUUUUCGUCGGCGCGAAGAAGGAGGACGAUGGCAAGGAGGAGCUCGUCGACUUGCGGACAGAUCACUACCAAACGCCGCGACAGGUCAUCGUCAGCGUCUUUGGCAAGCAGGCGGACAAGGAGGCCAGCGUCGUCAAGUUCGAGUCUGAAGCGAUGCACGUCGACCUCGUCCUCCCCUCCCGCAAGCGCUUCACCAAAUCCUUCCCCCUCUACGGCCCUAUCGACCCCUCCGCCUCAUCCUACAAGAUCCUCGGCACGAAAUGCGAGAUCACGCUCGCGAAAGCGGACGCGCGGUCGUGGCCGUCGAUCACCACGCUCGACCCGGAGCUCGCGAGCAAGUUCCAGAUCCAGCUCGCGUUCUCGGCGGGUGGCGGGCGCGGGACGGUCGGUGCGAAGGAGAUGGUGCUCGACCAGACGAACGCGGCAAAGCUGAAGUGA